UCUGAUUGGCUGAGCGGGAAGAGGUCGGAGGUCAGAAUUCGCUCUUCUCCUUUCAAGAUGGCGGUGAUGCGCGGUUCCUCCCGGCGACUGUUCGAGCUCUAUGUGUCGCGGGUCCCUUGGACUCUGGCCACCAAGGACCUUAAAGACUAUUUUGCUCAGUUUGGGACUGUAAGAAAAUGCUUGUUGCCAUUUGAUAAAGAAACAGGAUUUCAUAAAGGCUUUUGCUGGGUUGGAUACUCUUCAGAAGAAGACCUUCGCAAUGUAUUACAGAAGGAAUCCCACAUCCUAGAAGGUGUCAAGCUCCAGGUUCAAGAGCACAAACCCAGAGGUUUUCGACGCCGGUAUGCAAAUGAAGGAGCAGCUGACAUGAGUUAGCAGCAGCAGACUUUAUUUCACCAACAUGUAAAGAAAGUCUAAAAUAAACAUUACUGAUGGGAA